GUCGACGUCGUAGACAUGGCGGAAGUGAAAGUAUUUCCAUUGUGCUGUGUGGUGCAGAACUAUGUUUGGGGUAAAGUGGGUCUGGACAGUGAGGUGGCCCAGUUGGUGGUCGGUGGAGAUCCUCAGGCCGUCAUAGAGGAAGCCAAACCCUAUGCAGAGCUGUGGAUGGGUGCUCAUCCCAAAGGUGACGCUCUCAUCAAAGACAACAGGAUAUCCCAGAGGACACUUGGACAGUGGAUUGCAGAUUACCCAGGAUGUUUGGGGUCAAAGGUCAAGGACACAUUCCAUGGGCAGCUCCCUUUCCUCUUCAAAGUGCUGUCUGUCAACACGGCUCUGUCCAUACAGGCACAUCCCAACAGGGACUUGGCUGCGAGACUUCACGCGCAGUUUCCAGAGCAUUACCCGGACAAAAACCACAAGCCUGAGAUGGCCAUCGCUCUCACACAGUUUGAAGGGCUCUGCGGCUUCCGGCCGGUGGCAGAAAUCAUGGCCUUUCUCAAAAAUGUCCCAGAGUUUCAUGCGCUGGUUGGUAAUGACGCCGCUGAGGAGCUUCAGAACGCUGAAGGAGACUCUGAGCGAACGUCUCUCGCGCUGAAGAAAUGUUUCACGCGCAUGAUGAACUGUGAGAAGAAACUGUUUGUCGAUCAGCUCAACAUGUUGGUUAAACGAAUCUCGGAGGAAGAGUUUGCUGGAAAAGACACGUGCAGCAGUAAUGGAGAACUGUUACUACGGUUACACUCCCAGUAUCCAGGGGAUAUCGGAUGCUUUUCCAUCUACUUCCUGAACCGGAUUGUUCUGCAGCCGGGGGAGGCCAUGUUUCUGGGAGCAAAUGAGCCUCACGCCUAUCUUUCUGGAGACUGUGUGGAGUGUAUGGCGUGUUCUGACAACACUGUACGUGCUGGACUGACCCCUAAAUACAUCGACGUGGACACACUGUGCGAGAUGUUGAAUUACAGCCCCGCUCCUGUCAGCGCCAAAAUCUUCCCCUGCGUGCGGGACAACUCCGACCCCUGCGUCUACCUCUACGACCCUCCUGUGCCAGACUUCACCGUCAUGAGAAUGCAGAUUCCCGCCUCGUUGCGGCAGUACAAGGUGUCCCCGCUGGAAUCUGCCGGAAUCCUAUUGGUUAUUGAUGGAGAGGCUGUCGCCUCCUCUGCCGCCGCCCUCUCUGACAUCACUCUGAAGAGAGGCUCUGUGCUUUUCAUUUCAGCCAAUGAGAGCGUCUCUUUACAAGUGACGUCAUCGACGGGCAUGACCAUGUUCCGAGCCUGCUGUUUACUGUAGAUAAUAAACAUCCCGUGUCCAAACCAACAGGUGAAACUCAUUUAAAAUAGUGCCGAAAAUACACAGCAUGACAAAUAGGCUCUCUUUGCUCUGACUUUUGCAAUUAUCAUUAUAAUAUUUGCCAUAGUUAUCACAAAUAAAUAAUAAUACAAUUAUGAUUGACAUUCUGCCAUGUUAAAAUCUCUGUGCAUGUCCUUUUAAAAUAUGUUUCGGUUUGACCCAUUUUGAGUCAACACGAAACCAAAUUCGCAACCCAUUUUACUUAUGUAACGUAAAUUAUAUACACAUAUUAUAAAACUAAAAUGUAAUAAUACAAAUAAAAAGUUUUUGAAAUGGAUGACUUGGACCUUUGAAUACACACACACACACAGAAGAUAUAAUUAACUUGAUUUUAUCCAUUGGAAAUUGACUGGAUGGUGAAAACAAAUAUAAAGUUAAUAUAUUUUGAUUGACAGUUAGACCAUUUGUUUUCUUUGAAAUAUUGUGCACUGACGACUCGUUCACAAUAAGACCAGGAAAAUAGAGAAAGUAAAUGGAGUCAAUUCUGAUGUCGUGUUGACUAAUAUGUACGCAGACAUUUAAUUGAUCAGGAAUGCACGGAUGCAUGAUUGCGAUUUAUUUUGGCUGCAAAAUAUAAACAUUUUAAUAGCAAAAUUUGUUCCAUUCUAGCUUUUUGCAAAAGGACGUUACACCUUUUGCACACAAAAAAAAAAUAUAAAAACUCAGAUAGUGGACGGGGGCAUUUUUACCUUUUACUAAAAUUAAAUCAAAUCUGGGAAAAAAAUAAUUUAGACCAAUUUUAGCCUUUUUAAGACCAGUUUGUUUCAUGGCAUAACCGUUAAAACAAUGGAGUAGAGACGGACCGAUAUAUUCGCCACCUUCAACUAAUGAAUCGAUUUUAAAAACUAUCGGCUGAUUAAUAGAACAUUAUAAAAUUUUCUUAGUCGGCACAGACUAAUGGGGCUUUUGCACUGCACGGUACGACUCUGCUCGCUUUUUGGGGGUUUUCCACUGUGGAUGGUACCUGGUACUUUUUUAGUACCACCUUGGUCGAGGUUCCAAGUGAGCCGAGCCUAUACUAAAUGUGACGUCAAAAUCCUGCAGAUCACUAAUUGAUCAGGGAGAAUCGUCACUACCAGCAUCAUUGGAUUAGCGACAAGGGACAUCAACCCGCUAGUUUUAAAGUUAGCAACAGCGCUAACAGUAUAAUUUGUUCACGCAACUUUCGAAUUGUAAAAAGAAAUGGCUGUGCGCAAAAUCACGCCGUGGUUAGAGACGAACAAAAAUGUAUUUCAGGAAGUGUCUCAGCUGUUGGCCGCACACGGCUACUAAUUGGACCUACCAACAGUGUAAAGUUAAAAAUGACUACAGAACCAUCAACGAAAAGUGGCAGUGGUUCGACCAAAUGGACGCUAUCUAAACCGGCGAGCAAUUGGACGGAGAGCGCGCUGGACUCGGCCAUGAUGGAGGAUGGGACGUUUUGUUACGUUAACUCUAUACUCCGCUUGAAAGCUUCACUUUAUUUAGAUGACCAGCUACUGGAAGCUUCUAAAACAACCAGAUCAAUUUAACUGUUACACUUGUGUAAAAUCACCACGCAACAACUGCUUUAUGCAGCACAAUGAGCUAGUAGCUAACAGCUAGCGGUCGUGUUAUUGUUUUGGUCAGUUUGUGUCGUGUUUAAGAUGAUGUCACGGCAGUAGAGGGGGCGUAACUAUGACGAUCAGCCUAUAAUCCCACCCACGUUGAGGCGGCAGUAAACUGCAGUGGAAAAGCAAGCUCAGAAAAGUAAAGCGAGACGAGUCGAACCGUAACAUGCCGUGGAAAAAUGCCAAUAGAGCCCAAAAUUGAUCAAAUACAAAACCAAAAUCCUAAUAAUAAUUAGAAUAAAAAAAGAUCAUUGGCUGCAUAACAUGGGACUUUUAACACUAAACUAGCCUGAAACACACCAGGGACUCGCAAGAAUGACAUUACAAUGCUCUAUAUUUAAUAUUGACCAAAUUAAGCUUUUAUAGCCUAUUUAUUAUUAUUAUUAUUAUUAAUAUUAUUCACAAUAUGAUGUUGGAGACACCAUUUAUGUGCUGAUGAGGGACGUUUCUAUAUAGUCGCAAUUUUCUUCGCACACCUUCCGUCAGUUUAAAAAAUUUAAUUUACAGAAGAACAGAGGAAUAAAACAAAAUAUCGGCAACUAUCGGCAUAGAUUUGCCGAUAACCGAUAUUUCUAAAAACAACUAUCGGCACCGAUUAAUCGGUAAAACCGAUAUAACGGUCUACCUCUUCUAAUAAGAACACUGUUCAAUGGAGAAUUGUUCAAUUGAUUUUAAAGUUAACCUACAACCUAAGAAAGGGGAAGCUUUGUUCCUGAUGUCAGUUGUCCUUUAUUAGUGACUGUAUGGCUUUAUCUUGUGUGGUUUUGCUUUAUUACUUAAGUCACUGUUGCAUUAGCAGUGUUCAGAGCACAAACUACCGCUAUCCUGGCAUUUAUUUACUGUAUUUGUAAUGCCCUUUUGAAAAGUGGUUCUGCGAUCUAUUGUAGAUUUUUUUUAAUCUAAAAACACACUGACCCAAACUUUGUUUGUCUCCAGGAUUAUUUAUAUAUUUAAUGGAGCUGUGAAACUAAAUUCUACUGAAGUAUUGUGGGAUAAAAUGCAUGAUGUAUUGAAUAAAUGAAUGAAUGUACUGGAACGUUUGAGCUGUAAUGGAGCAUGAUACGAGGAAAUGUGUAUGUAAUCCCUAAUAAAACAGUUCUGUACU